UUCCGGCCCAAGCUGACUAUUUAUUUGCCGUGUUUAGAAGAGGGUGGACAUUGUUAUACGGAGAGUCUGAUCUAUCUGAGAGUGCCGGAGUGGUAGACACUUUCGGAUCUGAUUUUUGAGAGCAUGGAGACUGUACUUGAGGCCGAUUCUUCCUUAACGUACUUGGGGAGCGUGGGUUUCGUCUCGCAAGUCCGACUUGCUCUUGUCUUCGUAACCGCCUGGCUGGUGGUGUGGCUUCUGCAGGAGCACACGGGCCUCUCACGGCGCUUACGGGGCUCUCCAACGGUCAACCUACCCCCAGGCCCUUGGGGCUGGCCCCUCCUGGGCAUCCUACCGUCUCUUGGGGUCAGUGCGCCCCACGAGAGGCUGGCCGCGCUGGCUGGUGAGUACGGCGGGCUAUUCACCUGUUACUUCGGUGGGCACAGGGUGGUGGUGCUGGGGGACUAUGACUGCAUCGUGCAGGCGCUUGGCAAGUCCGGAGAUGUGUACAGUGACCGGCCAAAAUUGACCAUGUUCACUGAGGUCGGAGGAGGAAAAGGAGUGGCUGGCGCAUACUAUGGCAAACAUUGGAAGGAGCAGAGGGCGUGGACAUUCAACAUUCUCCGUGGAAUGGGGCUUGGGAAAGACACUUUUGAAGCCAACAUCACCGAGGAAGUCGGCUAUCUUUGCGACCGUGUGAACGCCCAUCAGUCCCAAGCAUUUGACCCAUGUCACCCUGUGAACACCGCCGUGUCUAAUAUCAUCUGCUCCAUCGUGUACGGUACGCGCUUUGACUACGAUAGCGCUACAUUCAAACGAAUGCUAUCCUUGCUACAGGAGAAUUUUGAGCUGGUCGGCUUGGCAGGCGUGGUUAACUUCUUCCCCGUCCUGAAGUACAUCCCUCUCUGCGGGUUCGGCAAGUUUCUGGCCAACGUCCGGGAGCUCAACACUUGUCUCUUCUCCAAGUCCAUCAGCGAGCAUCAGAUGACCUUUGACCAGGGCAAGAUUCGGGACUUCAUCGACGCGUACUUGAAGGAGAUGCGCAUGCGCAGUGAUGGCGGGGAGACGCCCUCCUCGUUCACCGAGGAGAACUUGACCUGGGUCAUCGCCGAUCUGUUCGCUGUUGGCACGGAGACCACCGCCCUAACUUUGCGCUGGGCUUUGCUGUAUAUGAUCACGCACCCUCACGUGCAGCGGAAGGUGCAGGAGGAAUUAGACGAGGUGAUUGGACGCACCCGUAUGCCGUCAUUGGAGGAGCGACCCCUGCUGAACUACGCACAGGCCGUUAUAAACGAGAUUCAACGAGUUAGAUACAUUGCAGCAAUAACUGUUCCACGAGCGACAACCGAGGACUCUAAGCUGAAUGGGUACGACAUACCGAAGGGGACUACCAUUAUGCCUGUCAUGUGGGCUGUCAUGCACAACCCGAAAGUGUGGCCGGAACCAGACCAUUUCCGUCCUGAGCGCUUCUUGGACGACAGAGGGCGGUAUCGCAAACCAGAACACUUCUUGCCCUACGGUAUAGGUCGUCGGAUGUGUCCUGGCGAACGAUUGGCCAGAAUGGAACUCUUCCUGUUCUUCACCCAUCUACUGCAUCGAUUUAGCUUCAGUCUGCCGUUGGGGGCGCCACAGCCAUCCCUCAAGGGCCGGAUGGGGAUAACACUGGCGCCGCAGCCUUACCGCCUGGUUGCUCGCAGCCGACCACUGGAGGAGUCUGGGUGACUGACCUGCGGUUUCAUAGCUUCAAGAAGCGCCUUCCUUAAUGUUGCAGAGACCAAUAAAUAAGUAAAUAAACUGCUAUAGACCCCAUGCAGUGAUAAAAAUACACCUACUUCCGAAACUCAGGACAAAUACUCAUAGCUGUCCGAAGUGUUUGAGACACCCAUCACAUUAAAGCUUAUUUCAUCAUCUCAAAUGUUCUGUUCAAUUCUUGGGGCGGGUUGACAGUGACUUUUGAGAAAAUUAAAU